AUGUCCCGAGGGUGUCCCUGGGGGAUCCGCAAUGUCCCCAGGAGGCUCCCCAAUGUCCUAAGGGUGUCUCAGGGGGUCACCAGUGUCCCUGGGUUCGGCGGGUCUCUGCGGGGGACGCCGGUGGCAGGGGCGGCCUCCUGGCCCUCGCCCUGGGUGCCGCUGGCCGGGGCGCUGCUCUCGGCGGGGGGCGCCGGGCUGCAGGCGCUGCUGGGGGGCAGCCGGCUGCUGCGGGGGCUGGCGCGCACCCGCGCCCUGCCCCUACCCCACGUGAGUGCCCCCCGCCCCCCCCGGGCCACACCCCGCUGCCGCCUCUACCACUGGGGGGUGUCGCUGGCCGGGGCAGGGCUCUGCCUGGGGCUGAUGCUGGUCACCUGCUGGUACUGCGCGCUGCUGGCCCUGGGCAUCGGCGCCACCGCCUACAAGUACCUGGAGUACCGCGGGGCGCAGAGCGAGUGGGGGGAAGGGCUGCGGGGUCUCUCCCUCAGCGCCGCCCGCUUCGCCCUGCUGCGGCUGGAGGACGGGCAGCCCCCCGCGCCCAGCUGGAGGCCGCAGCUGCUGGUGCUGCUGAAGCUGGACGAGGAGCUGCGGGCGACGCGGCCCCAGGUGCUGGCCCUGGCGGCGCAGCUGCAGGCCGGGAAGGGGCUGGCGGUCGUGGGCUCCGUCACCCCCGGGGAGCUGCCGCAGGACCUGCCCCGCGCCCGCGCCGCCGAGAGGGCGCUGCGGGCGGGGCUGGCGGGGGCGGGGGCGCGGGGCUUCGUGCAGGUGCUGGUGGCGCCGGCGCGGGGGCCGGGGCUGGCGGCGCUGGUGCAGGGCUGCGGGCUGGGGGCCCUGCGCCCCAACACCGUGCUGCUGGGCUGGCCCCACGGCUGGCGCCGCCGCCACGACCCCGCCGCCGCCCGCAGAUUCGUUGGUACGGGGGCGCGGGGGGCGGGGGAGCUGCUGCGCGUGGCGGGGGCCGGGGGCCGGGCGCUGCUGGUGGCCAAGGGGCCGCUGGGGGCGGGGGCGCCGGGGGGGACCCUGGACGUGUGGUGGGUGGUGGGCGGCGGGCGCCUGCUCACUCUGCUGCCCCUGCUGCUGCGGCAGCACCCUGGGGCGCUGUGGGUCUCGGCCUACACCCACGAGCGGACGCUGAUGAUGGAGCAGCGCUCCCAGAUGUUGCGCCAGAUGCGGCAGGCGCAGGGAGGCCCCGCCCCAUCACAGGCCCCCAGUGCGGCGGAGGAGGAGGAGGGGGGCACCCCCCGCCGCGGCCCCAGCCCGGUCAACGUGCGGCGCAUGCACGCGGCCGAGCGGCUGAACGAGGCCGUGGGGGCGCACUCGGGGGGGGCGCGGCUGGUGCUGCUCGACCUGCCCCCCCCGGGCCCCCCCCACCCCCCCGGGCCCCCCCGGGCCCCCCGGCCCCUCGACAACUACCUGGAGUUCCUGGAGGUGCUGACAGAGGGCCUGGGGCCGGUGCUGCUGGUGCGGGGGGGUGACGGGGACGCCCCCGACCCCUGAGUGCACCAGUAUGGCCCAGUACGGCCCAGUACGGGCCCAGCACCGCCAGUACGAUGCCAGCCGGAGACGCAGCUCUUCAAGCACGAUCCCAGUACGGGCCCAGUGCUCCCAGUAUGGGCCUCAACGCCCCACGUAUGAUGCCAGUCUGGGCCACAGCUCUCCGAGCGUGACCCCAGCAUGGGACCAAACACUCCCAGUAUAGCACCAGUGCUCCCACUAUGAUGCCAGCCUGAGCCACAGCUCUUUGAGCAAGAUCCUAGUAUGGGCUGCCACACUCCCAGUAUGGACCCCGGCCUUGCCAGUAUAGCACCAGUGCUCCCAGUGUGAUGCCAGCCUGAGCCACAGCUGUCUGAGUCAGAUCCCAGUACGGACCCUGGCCUUGCCAGUAUAGCACCAGUGCUCCCAGUGUGAUGCCAGCCUGAGCCACAGCUGUCUGAGUCAGAUCCCAGUACGGACCCUGGCCUUGCCAGUAUAGCACCAGUGCUCCCACUAUGAUGCCAGCCUGAGCCACAGCUGUCUGAGUCAGAUCCCAGUAUGGACCCUGGCCUUGCCAGUAUAGCACCAGUGCUCCCACUAUGAUGCCAGCCUGAGCCACAGCUGUCUGAGUCAGAUCCCAGUACGGACCCUGGCCUUGCCAGUAUAGCACCAGUGCUCCCAGUGUGAUGCCAGCCUGAGCCACAGCUGUCUGAGUCAGACCCCAGUAUGGACCCCGGCCUUGCCAGUAUAGCACCAGUGCUCCCAGUGUGAUGCCAGCCUGAGCCACAGCUGUCUGAGUCAGAUCCCAGUACGGACCCUGACCUUGCCAGUAUAGCACCAGUGCUCCCAGUGUGAUGCCAGCCUGAGCCGCAGCUGUCUGAGUCAGACCCCAGUACGGACCCCAGCCUUGCCAGUAUAGCACCAGUGCUCCCAGUGUGAUGCCAGCCUGAGCCGCAGCUGUCUGAGUCAGACCCCAGUAUGGACCCUGGCCUUGCCAGUAUAGCACCAGUGUUCCCAGUGUGAUGCCAGCCUCAGCCACAGCUGUCUGAGUCAGACCCCAGUAUGGACCCCGGCCUUGCCAGUAUAGCACCAGUGCUCCCAGUGUGAUGCCAGCCUGAGCUACAGUUAAAGUAAGAUCCCAGUAUGAGCCCCCCCGUUCCCAGGACAGGCCCAGUGCUCCCAGUAUAGGGCCCAAGACUGCCAGCGCGCCUCCGGUGCGCUCCCAGCGCUCCCACUGCGGGUCCCAGCACUCCCAGUACACGGCUCCAGCAGGGCCGCGCCACUCCCAGCGCACACCACUAAUAAACGGUUUCCUCUCCA